AUGAAUUUUAUUUCCGAAGAACUAGAACUGGUGCCUCCGGGAAAACGAGAUUUUGAAGAAGAAAGAUUCAAAAAGCAAGCGGAGCAAAAUUUCCCAUACCAAAAUGAUCCAAUUCUUCAACUGGUCUAUGUCACAUUUUCUACAGAUACCGAGAAAGAAAUUGUGGAAAUGGAGCUAUCGGAGCAUGAGUGUUAUUUUCAAGUUUUAAAAAAAGCGGAUGAAAUGUUUCCAUUAGUUUGGACUGAAAUGGUUUUUGAACAAACCGUGAUUUUUUGA